UUCAUCCCUUAAGUUCAUUUGCUUUUCUUCCAGUCUUUGAGUCUGGUUCCCAGUACCCACACUGGACACUGGACAGCUCACCACCACCUAUUAACAGCAGCUCCGGGAGAUCGGAUGCCGUCUUCUGGCCUCUCUGGGCACUUGCACACAGUUAGCAUAACAGGCACAUACCCGUAAACAAAUCCUUAAAAGGACUGAAACAGAAUGUUGUAUUUAUUACCGAGAAUUAACUUUGCUUCUGCCCAGAGGAUAUCAUUUUAAUAUACAACUAAAUAACAUGAAAAUGCCUAGGCAUAUAACUUUGAACCACACCAUUGCUGCAUGAAUCCUAAGUUCACUUUCCAUAGUUACAAUGCCGAACGUUCCUGACGCUACUAAAAUCAUUAAAUGGUCUCUCUGUGAUACAGGAGUCGCCCUCAAGUACAUUUACAGAAGUAACAUUGAAAACCAGUAUCAAUGGAAAAUGCGAAGUAAGCUAAACUCCAGCUUUGUCUAACCCAAAGUAGAGAGGAAACGACGGAAGCCUCCUGGUUUGCAUACGGCGUUGGGAAAACCCUCUUGUGAAUUAUCUCGGCGAGGAAGCAUAAGCAGUGGAGUGCUCCUAAGCAUCUUUUCUCAGAUACAUCAUUCCAUCCGAACCAGGGCAUCGAUCAGCAGAGCCUUCACUACCUCACAGGCCUUGGCGCACCCUGGUGGGCGUGGCCUGCGCGCUGACGCACAGUGAGCGCGCCGACGCACAGCGCGGUGUGCGCGCGCCGCCCGCCGCCCGCCCGCGGGAGCUCGCCGGUGGCCGGAACGGCAGCCCUGGCGCGGAGAGCGGGCGGAGCAGGCGCCAACCGCCCGGGGCGCGGCGGGAGGAGGCGCGAGGCGGCAGGUGGUGUCCCUCGAGCUGCGGCGGGGUCAUGAUCGACUCAGUGAAGCUGCGGCGCGAUUGCGCGGCCGACUUCUUCUCGCACUACGAGUACCUGUGCGCGCUGCAGGACUCGGUGCCGCUGCCGGCCGUGCGCUCCUGCCUGCGGGACGGCGUGCUGGACUUCAAUGCCGAUCGGCUGCGCAUGGUGGACUGGGCGCCGCUGCUCAGCACGCUCAGGGUGAACCGCGACCUGCCGCUGGUGGCCAUCAAGAGCUCCUUCCAACCCUGGCUCGGGGAGACAGAUUCUGAUACACACAGAGUUUGCAGAAAUCGGGUUCCUGCGGUAAGAUCCAAGGACGUGAGCUUCCAGUUAUGUAAGGCUCUUAAAGGCUGCCUGAGUUCAUCAAGUGUGCUAAGAAAUCUGGAGCUAAAUGGGCUGGUUCUGAGAGAGAGGGAUUUGGCUGUUCUAACAAAGGGAUUGAGUAAAUCAGCCUCUCUGGUGCACCUGUCUCUUGCCAAUUGUCCAAUUGGAGAUGGAGGCUUAGAAAUUGUUUGUCAAGGGAUAAAGAACUCUGCCACUCUCAAGACCGUCAACUUCACAGGAUGUAAUCUGACAUGGCAAGGCGCCGGUCACAUAGCCAAGAUCUUAAAGUACCAGACCAUGAGAAGGCACGAAGAAACCUGGGCUGAGAGUCUUCGCUACAGGAGGCCCGAUUUUGACGGCAUGGCUGGCUUAAGGCGCAUCACGCUGAAUUGCAACACGCUGAUUGGUGACCAGGGUGCAAGUGCUUUUGCAGACUCUCUUAGUGAGGAUUUGUGGCUUAGAGCGCUUGACCUGCAGCAGUGUGGCCUCAGCAGUGAAGGAGCCAAGGCUUUAUUGGAGGCCCUCGAGACCAACAGAACCCUGGUCGUUCUGGAUAUAAGAAAAAACCCACUUAUCAACCAUUCUGUGAUGAAAGCGGUUAUCAAAAAAGUUCUCCAGAAUGGAAGGAGUGCCAAGUCAGAGUACCAGUGGAUAACGUCCCCAUCAGUGAAGGAGCCGCCGAAAACCGCGAAGCAGAGAAAGAGAACGAUUGUCCUUGGAAACAGUCGGAAAGGAAAAGCUACCAUUAGAAUCGGGUUAGCAACAAAGAAACCUGUGAGUAACGGGAGAAAGCAGGGGCUCAGUAAUGACGGCUACACUCCGCAGUCUCUGCCGCCGCCGGGCGUGUCUGGUUUCCUGCCGUGGCGCACUGCAGAACGUGCAAAAAGAAGCAGGGGUUUUCCGUUAUACAGAACUCGUGAUGUAUCUAAUCAUCUGAAGCAAUCAGAUUUUCCUGUGACUGUGACGGUAGAGAGUCCUUCAUCCUCAGAAACUGAUGAGGUUGAGGAUUCCUCAGAAAGUGUCCACGAAGAACCUCAGAAAACCAGCAUCAGACAAAAAACAUUACAGGAGAAACUGGAGGAAUGCCUAGUGCAGUUAAAGGAGGAAAGGGUGAGCCGGCUUAAGGCUGACAAGCGAGUCAGUGAGCUGGAACAUGAAAAUGCUCAGCUAAGAAACAUAAAUUUCUCCUUGUCUGAAGCCCUUCAUGCACAGUCGUUAACAAACAUGAUCCUGGACGAUGAAGGCGUCUUGGGCAGCAUUGAGAAUUCUUUUCAGAAGUUUCACGCUUUCCUGGACCUCCUUAAAGAUGCUGGGCUUGGGCAGCUUGCCACUAUGGCUGGUAUAGAUCAGUCAGAUUUCCACUUGCUAGGUCGCCCUCAGAUGAAUUCCACUGUUAGUGCACCUGUGGAAGAACAGAGAGCCCUCGAGGAAGAAAAGCUGGAUCCGAAGCAGACUGCUGUAGGACAGAUGCAGAACAUCCAAAUUUGUCAUCAUCGAGAAGAGAUUCUCAGAUUUAUUUCUUUUUAUUUUGAGUAUGGGUGCUAUGCCUACACGCAAGUCUGUGCACCACAUGCAUGCAGUGCCCAUGGAGACAUAGGAUCCUUUGGAACUGGAGUUACAGACAGUUGUUAGCCAUGUGAGUGCUGCAAACAGAACCAUUUCUGUGGUUUUCCUACAAAAGGAGAGGUGAGAUGUUUAUUCUUUUUGUGUUUUACAAGCCAGAAAAAUAAAACUAAUAAAUAAACCUCAGAUGUUCAAUCUGAGGUGACAGAGUGGAAAGUGCAGAGAUGCUUUUGAGAAAUAAUUUUUAAAACAUUUGUUCAUUUAGUGUGUGUAGAUGGUGACGGCUGGGUGCCACAGUGCUCAUGUGGAGGUCGGAGGGCAACUUGCAUGAGCUGGUUCUCUCCUUCCACGUGUGGGUUCUAGAGACGGUGCUUAGGUUGCCAGGCUUUGAGGCAAAUGCCUGUACCCUCUGGGCCACCUCACCACCCCACUAAUUACUUAUUUCUAUUUGAGACAGGGUCUCAUAGUUCCAGCAGGCCUGGCCUUGAAUUUCUGGUCUUCCUCCAUCUCCCAAGUGCUGGGAUUAGAGGUGUACACCAGCACUCGUGGCAAAGAUGCAUUGUUUAAAGCAUUGGAAUAGAUAGGAAGGUUCCUGCAUGAUUUAUGUUUUCCAGUAAUGUAUUGUACUCCAAAUUCAGCCGUGUAAGGUUAUAUGCAAUUUCGAGCCAUAAAUAUUUAAAAUAAAGCCUUUUUGCUUUUGUAACAUCACCUCACACCUUGGCUCAGUAAAACACAUUAAGUGCUGGUUUUCUGUGGGGAUAUGUAACUCAGUUUAGGUAGCCUCUUCACAUGGAUAAUGAAUUUAAAUGUCUGGGAGAUGGUGCAAAUCACUGAAAGUCCUCCGGAUUCGGGGAUGAGGCCUUGGCCAGAGCUGUGUAAAGGAGGCGGAAAAGCAAGGUGUACACAUGGUAUAUGCCUUCCAGCCCUCAGGCUCCCUCCUGCAGACAGCAUACCUUUUGCAGGGGCUGGGCUACUCCCCCCUCAUUCUGACACUGUGGUUAGUGAGCGCUGCCUAUCCCUGUCACUCUGCCCUGCUGGGUGUGGAGUGGGCGUGUGGCCCGAAGGCACUGGAGUCCUUCCCAGAUGAUUUUCAACCCAGAAACAGGGACGGAGAGUCCCUGCUUAAUGACACAGGUGGUGCAAUCACUAGCACUGGUUAGCCCUUGGGGCAGCUGCCAGAGUGAGUGACAGAAACGCCGUGAAGACCGAAGUCAAAAGGACAGCGUUUAUGAUUGUUUAGCUAGUCCCUAACGGGCAGCUGUACCUCAGUCCCCCAGAAUGAGGUUUGGUAUUGCGACUGUCAUUUUUCUUUCACCUAAGCUUGUUGGAGUUGUAUUUCUAUUACUUUCCAUUAAAGGAGUCUAGGAGUGCAGCUCAAGACACUGAGCACAGGCCAGCCAGCGUGCUCAAUGAAUAAAGAAAUGUAAAAUAAUAAGAAAAUGAAGAGGGCGCCGGGCAGCGGUGGCGCACGCCUUUAAUCCCAGCACUCGGGAGGCAGAGGCAGGCGGAUCUCUGUGAGUUCGAGGCCAGCCUGGGCUACAGAGUGAGUUCCAGGACAGGCUCCAAAGCUACACAGAGAAACCCUGUCUCAAAAAACCAAAAAAAAGAAAAUAAAGAGGAUUAAGAAAGUGACUGCCUCACCCCGUCUUUUGAAGGGCAAGCAUUUUAUUUACAGCAGGGAGGAGUUCUGAAAGUAGGUUUCCCAAGAAAAUGGGUUGCUUGCCAUACCCUUAGGGAAGUUAGCCGUUUUCAGCAAUUGCAGAAAGACUGGAGACCAGGACAACGCCAACAUCCAACUUGGUGAUAAUCAGAUGAACAGAAGUGGGAAUCAACAUGGCAUGUAAAGAUGUCACAGACCUACAGAGAGAACUGGGAAACCUUAGCAAAGGCUGUGGAAGGCCCAGCAGAUCCAUGGCUGUUGAGACAGCAGCACUUUGUAGGGGACAGAGGGAGGCUUCAGGAACCCUCCGUUACAACCUGGAUCCUGUUGGAAAGGAUACACUGGGAGAUUAGCCAUGGCCAGGCAGACCAUCACCAUAUGCUGGUUCAACAGCUUCCACUGUUCAUGCCUUUCAUUUUCCAGCUCUUGUCUGAUCAUGCAGGUUCAGCUCUGUGUUCUGCUGAGCUGGCUUCCUUCCUGGGAGAAAUGGAACAGCUUUACUAACAGCCUUAAACUACUUUUGAAAACAAAGCAGUGUGCAUACGAAGGACUGUUUUUGCUAGAACAGUAAUACAGUGAUUUGCUGUCCUCUUCUUGGUCUGAUGACUGAGAGGCUGUGGACCCUGGACACAUCCUCAAUUUGGGAAUUAGGGUGUAGCUCUAAUGGUGGCAGAGAGCUUGCCAAGCAAGCAUGCGUUCCUGGUUUAAUCCUCAGCACUGGAACCAAACCCAAACAGAACAAAACACACUUAAUUUGAGUUCACCUGUCCCCUCUGUGAAAUGGGAAAACAGGUACCAGUAACAAGAGAUAUACUGCUGAGGUCACAGGCUAUGUACCCUGCAGCACCAAAUUAUCCUUUUGGGUCACUUUAUAAAGUAAAGGAGCUUGCUGUUCAAAUUUCCAAAGGUCUUAUAAUAAAAAACCUAGAGGUCGCCGGGCAGUGGUGGCGCACGCCUUUA